GGCUGGGCGGCAGACAGAGGCACAUCAGGCUGGGCGGCGGAUGGAGGCACAUCAGGCUGGGCAGCAGACAGAGGCACAUCAGGCAGGGCAGCGGACAGAGGUACAUCAGGCUGGGCAGCGGACAGAGGCACAUCAGGCGGCAGCAGCAGGCACACUGGGCCAACAGGCGAGGCAGCAGGCACUGGGCCGUCAGGCGAGGCAGCAGGCACCGGGCCAUCAGGCGGAGCAGCAUGCACCGGGCCAUCAGGCAGAGCAGCAGGCACCGGGCCAUCAGGCGAGGCAGUGGGCACCGGGCCAUCAGGCGGAAAAGUGGGCAUUGGGCCAUCAGGCGAGGCAGCAGGCACCGAGGCAUCAAGCUUGACAGCGGUCACCGAGUCAUCUGGCAGAACAGCGGGCACCGAGACAUCUGGCAGAACAGCGGGCACCGAGUCAUCUGGCAGAACAGCGGGCACUGAGU